UGAGCAUAGCCUCCACCGUCAGGCAGCUUAAUCAUGGCAGACGAACACGGACGAAAAUGGGACCGCUGCUUUGCUGACAGUGCUGUCAAAACAGUGACUGGCCUUGGAGUGGGUAUUGUGCUCUCUGUCCUGUUCUUUAAACGUCGCACAUGGCCAAUCGCAUUUAGUUCUGGUAUGGGGUUUGGAAUGGCUUACUCCAACUGCCAGCAUGACUUCAGAUCACCAUACUUAUUACAUGGCCACAUGGUAAAGGAUCAGUAGAGGAUCGUCAGGGGAGAUCCAGAAAAGUUGCAAUUUGGUUCUCAUCAGUUUGCUUCCUCUCUCAUUUUUCCUUGACAUUCUCUUUUCAUUAUUUCUAUGUGCACUAUUCCUUGCAAUCCCCAUAAUUGCUGUUUUGUCUGAAAAGGGCAGUCUUUAUUUAAUAAAAUCAUGAGGAGUUUGACAAGAAAA